AUGGAGAUCUCGUUGGUGCGCAUGUGCAUCGACUCGGCCACUCAGAGCGCCGACGCCGUCGAGAAGUGGCGGAGGCAGCGGCGGACUAUUGAGCGCUUGCCGUCUCCUCUUGCCGAUGCCCUACUCCGCCGCCUGCUCCGCCGCCGCCUUCUCUUCCCUUCUCUGCUAGAAGUUUUCAAAUACAGUGCAGAGGAAGUCGAUUUGAGAGGUGAGAGCUGUGUGGAUGCAGAAUGGAUGGCAUACUUGGGGGCCUUCCGAUACUUGCGUUCAAUAAAUCUGGCAGAUUGCCACAGAAUCACUAAUUCAGCUAUUUGGAGUUUAUCAGGCUUGACAUAUUUAAAGGAGGUGGAUCUGGCGAGAUGCUACAAGGUUACAGAUGCUGGUAUUAGACAUCUAUUAUCAGUUCCAACUAUCGAGAAACUAUGUAUUUCACAAACAGGUGUUACAUCAGAUGGUGUGAGGAUGCUUGCUUCACUAACUAACUUAAUGAUCUUGGACCUGGGAGGUCUACCUGUCACUGAUUCGGCUCUGAGAUCUCUCGAGGUUCUCAUGAAAUUGCAACAUUUAGAACUCUGGGGAAGUGAAGUAUCUAACAUAGGUGCAGCUGUGCUCAAGAAAUUUCCCGACUUGAGUUUCUUAAACCUUGCCUGGACCAAUAUAACUGACUUGCCAAUUUUGCCUUCUCUUUCAACCCUGAACAUGAGCAACUGCUCCAUACAUUCUCUAUUCAAAGGAGGUCAGAAAGUCUGCUUGGAAAAAGUUAUGUUCUCUGAGGCCACAUUCACUGAUGUUUCUGAGGUUUUCCAACAUGUUGAAACAAGCAAACUUUAUUCAUUGGAUAUAUCCAGCCCCUCCAUUAAGUCGUUCGGCUUUUUGAGUUCAAUGAAGGCACUGACCUAUUUGAACCUGAGUGAUAGUGCCUUGGUUGACAAUUCAGUCGAACAUGUAGCAUGCAUAGGAGCAAAGUUAAGGUACUUAAAUCUCAGCAAUACUAAAGUGAGUUCUGACGGGAUUGGGGCAUUAGCCGGACAUGUUCCCAAUCUUGAGACGCUAUUGUUGUCCGGCACACCUAUCAACGACAAGGCUAUCAUAUAUAUCAGCAUGAUGCCGUCGCUCAAAGUCAUCAACCUAAACAAAACAAACGUGAAAGGUUUGCUUCACCAGGAAGAUGGUGAUCGUGACGAGGUCCCAUCAUUUUCCGCACUGGAAAAUCUUAAUCAAUUAGAACGGCUCGACUUGGAGAUGGUAAAUAUAAAGGACAAUGCUGUCUGGCCCCUGACAAAAUUGCAACGAUUGCGACAUCUGUCCCUGCAAAGUUUCUCGCUUACGGAUGUAUCUCUACACCACAUAUCUUCUUCCACAAAGCUGACACAUCUCGGUAUCCGUGAUGCUGUGCUGACAGAUGGUGGGCUUCUUAGUUUUAUUCCCCCUCAGGCCUUAAGAGUGCUUGACAUCACGGGAUCCUGGCUAAUGACGAGGGACGCUGUAAUGCAUUUUUGCCGUAAGUACCCUCAAAUUGAGGUGAGGCACGGGCUCGUUGAGAGAGUUGAGAAGAGGAAUUUCGAUCAUUUGUCUCCAUCUCGAGCGAAUGUGACAGGUGGUUUGCGUUCGAAGCAUAAGCUAGGCAAGCAGUCUGUAUUGUCCAUUUCUGGUGAUAAUUUUCUGGAUCAGAGAUUGAAAUACAGCAGGGAAGAGUUAGUGGCUCUGCAAUUUGCAUCUGGAGCUUCAACAUCUCAACUGAACUUAUUGUCCUGA